AGAUACACAGACACUCACACACAGACACACACACAGACAGACAUACACAGACAGACAUACACACACAGACACACACACACACAGACAGACACCCACACACAGACAGACAUACACACACAGACACACACAGACACGCACACACACAGACAGACACACAGAGACACACAUAGAGACACACAGACACACACAGACAGAGACACACAGACAGACACACACAGACACACAGUGACACACAGACAGACACACAGUGACACACAGUGACACACACACACACAGACACACACAGUGACACACACACAGACACACAGUGACACACACACAGACACACACGACGAAGGGUGACGCUGGAGAGAGUUUGCGAGCGACCUGAGCGAGGUCGAUGGAUCCGGGCCCCUGUCCGCCACGUGGCCUUGCUGCUGCUGCUGUGACGUCACAGCAGCAGCAGCCGUCAUUGUCUAUCCGCUGCUGGAUGAAGGCCUCCUGCGUGUGUAGCCGAACUUCUUUCGCGCCUUUUGUCGUGAACAUCCAAAAUAAAACCCUGAAGGGAACCACAAACAACAACAACAACACACGAACCCCAAAGAAGAGUCCGCGGAACUAAACGUCGCGGAACUAAACGUCGGAGAACUAGCUUCGAGAGAAGAUGGACGCGGAAUACGCUCAAGCCACGGAGUCCAUCGAGAUGAACGAGUCACCCAAGAACGGGGAGAAUGGCCGCCGCCGUCGCUCGGGAGCGAGUGAGGAGUUCAACAGCCCCGAGUGCGACUCCAUCGCCCCGUCCAGCCAACCACUCACCACGCGGCUUCUAACGGAAUCCUGCGGUGGACACGGCCACCGUGUACCCAUGGAUGGAGCGUCUCGGCGCACCGAGACGAUGUACUUCGAGGACGGGCAGCGGAAGAUCGACUACAUCCUCGCUUACGAAGACUCCGCGGGGAAGGAGGCGGAGAAGAAAGAGGAUCGUCGCAAAACCUUUGAGCUGAACCUGCAGAAGAAGUACGGCCUACUCCUGGAGACGGUGGACAAAAGUUCGGCGACGGACGGCAAGACCUACUUCGUGAAGGUGCACGCUCCCUUCGAAGUGCUCUGCACCUUCGCCGAGAAGCUUCACAUCAAGGUGCCGGUGAAGGAGAACCAGGUGCAGCGCGACACGACGCUGCGCUCGUGCCUGGAGAAGCUGUACAAGCUGAGUCCCGACGUGAUCCGUGCCGACGUGGAGUACUUCACGGCGCCGUUCCAGAUGAGCCACCGCGACGCCUUCCUCAUCCACGACCAGGAGGCCUUCUUCAGCGAGACCACGCGCAACCGCAUCGUGUACUACGUGCUGUCGCGCUGUGGCUACACGGAGGAGGAGGACGAGGAGAAGGUGCGGUUCGGGAUCGAACGGCUGCUGAGCAACGGCACCUACAAUGCGGCUUAUCCCCUCCACGACUCGCUGGCCGGCGUUGAUUCGCUGCUAACUUCCGAUGCCGAGAGUAAGUACUGGAAGGAGACGGCGGAUGCCCACGGAGGCAGCGAGCGGCUGGUGCUGUACAGCGAGUGGGCACGGCCUGCACGCUUCUACAAGCAGCAGCCUCUCAACUUCAUACGGAAGUACUUUGGGGAGAAGAUUGCGCUGUACUUUGCCUGGCUGGGCUUCUACACCUUCAUGCUGUUCAUCGCCGCCGUCGUCGGCACCGGCUGCUUCAUCUACGGCCUCUGCACCAUGGACGACGGCGUGUGGAGCAAGGAGAUCUGCGAUGCCAACAUCGGCGGGAGGUUCAUCAUGUGCCCUCAGUGCGACAAGCAGUGCACCUACUGGAGGCUGAACAUCACCUGCAGCUCCUCCAAGCAAACCUACCUCUUCGACAAUCCGGCCACCGUCUUCUUCGCGGCGUUCAUGGGCAUCUGGGUGACGCUGUUCCUGGAGAUGUGGAAGCGCUACCAGGCGACGCUGGACUACGAGUGGGACCUGGUCGCCACCGAGGAGGACGAGGAGCAGCUGAGGCCGGAGUACGAGGCCAAGUGCACGCGGCGCAAGUACAACCCCAUCACCCAGGCCACAGAGCUUGUCUCCAGCAAGUCGUGGAUAGAGUAUUGCGGCCUGAACCUUUGCAUUAGUUCCGUCGUGGUGCUUGGGGCCCAGGACCCGUACAUGCCCUGUGGCACGCUGGCUUGGCGGACAUGUGCCUCUGCCAUCACCGUCUUCUUCUGGAUUCUGCUGGUGCUGGCGUCGAUCGUGGGCAUCAUCGUGUACCGGCUGGCCGUCUUCUUUGUGCUGGCGUCGCGCCUGCCCAAGGAGCUCACCAAGAACGAGGUGAUCGACUCGUUCCUCACGCCCCAGAUGGCCACCGCCAUCACCGCCUCCUGCCUCAACUUCGCCAUCAUCAUGGUGCUCAAUUACUUCUACGUCAAGGUGGCCAUCUGGAUCACCGACAUGGAGAUGCCCAAGACUCAGAUCGAGUACGAGAACCGACUCACCAUCAAGAUGUUCCUCUUCCAGUUCGUCAACUACUACUCCUCCAUCUUCUACAUCGCCUUCUUCAAGGGCAAGUUCGUGGGGUACCCCGGCGGUUACAUCUACCUCUUCGGCCGCUUCCGCAACGAGGAGUGCGAGCCUGCUGGCUGUCUGGUGGAGCUGACCACCCAGCUCACCAUCAUCAUGGUCGGAAAGCAGAUCUGGGGUAACAUCCAGGAAGUGGUAUUCCCGUGGCUGAUGAACAAGCUGUCGAGCCGCAGCGCGCGCAAAGCGACGCACACGCGCAUCCGCACUCGCUGGGAGCACGACUACAACCUGCAGGACCUGGGCCGCCUCGGACUCUUCCACGAGUACCUGGAGAUGAUCGUGCAGUUCGGCUUCACGACGCUCUUCGUGGUCUCCUUCCCGCUGGCGCCGCUGCUCGCGCUCCUCAACAACAUCAUCGAGAUCCGCGUGGACGCCUGGAAGUUCACCACCCAGUUCCGUCGGCCCACGCCGUCGCACGCCCGCAACAUCGGCGUCUGGCAGCAGAUCCUCUCCUCCAUCGCCAUCCUCUCCGUCGUCACCAACGCCAUCAUCGUGGCCUUCACGUCGGACAUGCUGCCCCGGCUCGUGUACUACUACUCGCACCACAGCCUGCUCAAUGGCACGGAGGAGCACUCGAUGGAGGGCUACGUGGACUACAGCCUCUCGGUCUUUCACAUUGCUGACUUCCAGGAGCGCAACCGCCCAGACGCCGCCGCGCUGCCCUACUGGUUCAGCAAUGACACCGACGUCACCUGCCGGUACCGGGACUUCCGCUACCCCCCAGAGCACCCCAAGAGGUACCGGUUCAGCACCCGCUACUGGCACAUCCUGGCCGCCAAGCUCGCCUUCAUCAUCGUCAUGGAGCACGCCGUGUUCGUGGCGAAGUUCCUCAUCGCGUACCUCAUCCCGGACGUGCCGCAGGACAUCAAGGACAAGAUGAAGCGCGAGAAGCUGCUGACCCAGCGGCUGCUGCACGAGUUUGAGAUCAACCGGCUCAAGAGCUCCCUGAAGGAGCGCGACGAGGUGGACGACGUGGGCGAGGAGGAGGCGGUGCUGGCGGUCUGAUGCUUCCCCUCCGCCCCCGCCUACCUCCUCUGCUUCCUCCUCACUCUCCACCGCCUACCUCCUCCUCCUCCUCUUCUUCAUCCGUCGUAAUCCGCCGCGUAAGCCGGUCGCGACGCUUCGGGCGUCUCCGCUCGUUCGCCCCCCCCCCCCCCAUCGCCGCACACGACGUCGGCGGCAUGGCACGGUUAGAACGGCGACGACCUGUGCCAGUGGAGCCGGCGUCAAGGAUACCAAGAGGAUCGGCCUCCUCUCGCGGGCACGAGCGGUCGUGAGUGGGCACGAGUGGGCACGAGCGGGCACGAGCGUGAGUGGGCACGAGCGUGAGUGGGCACGAGUGGGCACGAGCGUGAGCGGCACGCGCUCUGAUUCACGCUCGCUUGUCGUCGCUCCGGAGUUUGUGUUUUGCGUCGGGGGCAGCGUUGGGGAUUGAGGAGAGCCGCCUUCCGGCUUGCGCCGUGGGCAGCGGCACCGCCGCAGCCGCCAGCCGUGGCCGCCUUGGGUACCGUCGUCGAUUUUAAAAAAUCUACAAAAGCGUCCCCGGACGUGGCCAAGCAUUUACAGCGGAUUUGAGGAGUUGUGACGCUGCGCCUGUUUGGGAGUUGGAGGGGUUGGGGGUGUUAGGUGAGGGAUGUUGUUGUGUUGCCACAAUUGUGCGUUGUUUUGUUUUGUGUUGUUGUUGUGUUUCGCACCUCGGUCGGCUACGUUACGGUUUGCGAAAUAAGUUGUGCGUACGUUUGGCGUUCUAAGUUAUUAGUUAUUCGUCAAUGAGCUCACUAUGAUUCGGUGGGAAAGUGUUGAUCGUUUUUUUUUAAACGCCUUAUUUUUCUACUGCGGCCGAGAAAACGCGCAAAGAUAAACAUCCCUCGCCCCUCCCCCUCGGCACAGCCCACGCAAGGCCGCCGGGAGAGCGCCGGUAGCAAGCGGCGGCCAUCGCGGCCGCCACGGCGCACGGGGUCCAGCCGCCUUCCCCUCGGCGGUCGACGUUUACACGCCGCAAGCCGCCGGGCUCCGUAGCACCCGGUGCGCCAACCGCUACGCCGUGCCACCGCCCCCCGCUACGCCGUGCCACCGCCCCCCAUGCGCGCGUGUGGGGGGUUGGCGUGCGGGGGGUUGGUGCGUGACGGCCCUCUGGGGGUGCGUUUACUUUGCACUUGGGCGGGCCAUGGGAGGUGCUUUGGUCAACCUGAGCCGCUAACGGAGUCGAUUUUAAGUUUUAACAAAUCCGGUCUCGCGCACGCGCGCAGACAAAAGGUCCCCCGUGUAGCCUCAACAGGGGCAAGGGCUGUUAAGUAGCGAGUAGCGAGUCGCGAGUAGCGAGUCGCGAGUCGCGGCGCCUGUGGAGGCCCGGGCGGGGUGGGUGGCCGGCACCACGCCUUUGUCUCCCCCCCCCCCCCCCCUCACGACGUUUUGAGGCCGAGUCAACCUAGGGGAGGCCCACUGGCCCGGAUCAUCGGAACGCGGUUGGGCGCCGUGCUCCCCUCACUUCAGUUUCAUUUCUUAGACUUUUCUUUUGCUACUUUAAACCGGCGCAUUUCAACUUUUCACCGAUGCUAAAUAAUUAUUAAGUUUCAUUCCCACCCCCUAAGACAUUUCAAGUUACAUUUCACCAAUGCCCCCCCCCCAUCCCCCCCCCUCCCCUGCCUCUUGCACAGUAAUGCGAACGAUCAGAGACGGAUCUAUGGCUCUCACUCUCAUGGGUACCAAUACGAGUCGAUAGGUCUCUGUGACUCUGUGCGUCUCUGUGUGACUCUACGGGUGUCUGUGCGAGUCUCUGGUUCUCUAUGUAAGUCUAUGGCUCUCUCUGGCUCUGAAGUCGCUGGCUGUCUUGUCCGAGUUGCUGGCUCUGUCUGAGUCUGUGGGUCUCUGUGCGAGUUUCUGGCUCUGUCUGAGCCUGUGGGUCUCCGUGCGAGUCUACGAAACCCUGACCUGCCACCCUGACCCCGUGACCUGUGAACUCUGAGCCACCCUCUCCACCGAUGAUCCUCCUACCCCAGUGCCCGCUACAAUGACGUCGUUACCAAGUUAACUCCACGAUUACAGGGCCCCGCGCACCCUCGCCCCCCCCCCCCCCCCCCCCACUCUUGUUCAGCGGCUUGAGAUGGGCUUGCGUUCUAUUCGCUGUUUUAAACCGCCUUGCAUUGCAUCGCAUUGUAUCACAUCGUAUUAUAUUGUAUCGCAUUACAUUGUAUCAUAUCGUAUUAUAUUAUAUCGCAUUACAUUGUCAGACAUUGCAUUGUAUCACCAUCAUGUUGUUAUACAUUGUAUUGUAUCACAUCGUAUUAUAUUGUAAUACAUUGCAAUGUCAUGCUUUGUAUUGUAUCACAUCGCAUUGUACCAUACUGCAUUGGAUUUUACCGCAUUGUAUUGUACCGCAUUGCAUGGUGAUGCAUUGUAUUACAUCACACUGCACGUGAGCAAUCGGCUGCUCCAGCAACAUUGCUCGGUCGAAACCUAAACUCAACAAUUUUUAUUAUUUUACCAGGUGAAGGCCCGCUGAGCUAUUGAGCUCUUUUUCAGAAGCGACCUGGCCGUCACGAAUGAUAGCUCAGUCAUCAUCGUCGUCAUCACCACGUGCAGAUUUAUAGCACCGCAACCUCCAAAUAUAGAGCAGGCGUCAGGGUCGGGAUCAAAACCACGACCUCCUGCAUGCCAGGCGAGGUAGUUAACAUCUCAUGGCCACCGUGGUGCCCGUCCCAAUUCUCCCGCGACUGCUUUGCGCUGGAGAGGGGAUCUCGAGGUCGCUGUGACGACUGAUCACGGCUCUCUGCACGCUUGCGGCCGCGUUGGGCCGCGCCUGCGAUCUCAUGCACUACACGGGGAAGCGGGGGGGGGGGGGGUUGAGUUAUUGUGAAGUUAGUUUUGUUUAUCCACGAGGUUUUUUUUUGGUGGGUUAUAAAUGUCGUUUAAACCCGCCACCACCAGCCGACGCGGCCAAUUACCAGUAAAGAGUUUGUCAAGAAAACAAAACGUGGCAAUUAGUGACGAGUUGAGCACACGCCAGCAGCCUCCUCACGCGACAGACAGAAUUGUGGCUGUCUCCUGAUGAUGCUGGAUGAUGUAAUUACCGGUGAAGCGUCAUGGUACUCGCAUUGCAAAUGUUGUGGGUGUACUCUCCAACACAACUGGUUAGUGCAGAACUAAUCAACACGUUCUGUUUACGUGAAAAACCCUGUGUCGGGCGGUGUUGGCCGGUUUAACGACGCGUUUAUAUUUACGCCAUCUAACGCUUUUAAAACACCUCUGUGGGAACAUUGGUCGCAAAAGCCCUACGACUGCUCCUACGCGUUAAACAGUUUAACCCUUGGGAGACGAGUCGAUGGUUUUGGUUGCGGCGUGCGUGUGGGUCCGCAUCGCAAGUCUUACGCCGUUCUAAGGAGUUGCAACCCACGUACAUGUGUUUGGGAGAUGGGGGGGAGGUGCUCAGGUUUGGGACGAUGGGGUUUUUGUUGUUGCCAUUGAGUGUUAGAGGGGGGGAGGGGGUUGCGUUUCGAACCUUGGGUAAAGCGCGGUUGGCUACGUUACGGCGGUGGAAGAAGUUAAACCGUGCACGCACGCACGCGUUGGUUACAAGUGAUUUUUUUGGACCCGGGGCUCCAAAGGGUGACCACUCAGCAUUUGGUGGCCAACACAUCCAUUACCUCUCAGUGUUAAUCAAACUCCGUGGAGCUGUGUCCACAGUGCCCUGGCGGUGGUGUCACGGCGCUGCGACCGGCAAUACGGAGAGGAGAGGGGCGCCGAUUCGAUUCCACCUCUCCCCGGCAGUCAAAGCGGCGGUCUCAACUUGAAUGCGGCAACUUCCGGCCACCUCUGUGCCACCCAGCAGCGGUGCACGGUGGUUACACCAGCACAGAUACGGCGAUCAGCGGUGGUGGUGACGGCGGUGGUGGUGGUCCCGCCAUCGAUUCCACGUGGCAUGAGAGGGCUGUGGGCCUGAGUGGCGGGUGAUGUUUGUCGAGGCAGGGCGACACAGAACGUCGAUCGACGAGUUGAGACUUUGCCGAGCUUUAUAUGGACAGACGAAUACAGCGACCGAUAUCACCACCACCGCAAUAACCAUCGUCACGUUAAUUGUCACAAUAGCCAUCAUGACCAUCUUCAUCAUUACCACAGUAACCAUAAUCAUCACAAUAACAAUCAUCCCACCAAAGUCUGGCCUUGCAGACGCCUACCCAGAUGGUUGGGUAACAUCGCCAGAAAAACAAACGUGCCAACUGGCGAUGUGGGUUUCCACUACGCAUUGAGGCACGGAAAGGUCACGGAUCGUAGCGAGGGUGUGCCAACGGAUCGCACGGCAAACGCCCCUCUUGCCAUACGCCUUGAGGCAGCACCGCUGAGCGUCCAGCAGAGAGCAGCGAGUCCCUUGACCCCCACCCUCAGCCUCUAAAAUGAGGGGUGGGCAGCUCCUAAGUGACUGCUCAGCAACCUUCUUCAUGCCUGUGGUCUCCAGUAUUCACGACAUCGCAUUGCAGCUCUUGAAAUAGGUCGCUUUUUUUAAUGUAAUUGGUUGACCCCCCCUCUCCCUCCCCCCCCGGUCUAAACCGUUCCGCUAAACCUGCACCAACGCCGCUUGCACGUUUGAUUGUAUUUUAGUUCAAGACAAACCGUCUGGAUGUUGUACAUACAUCUCUCACACACACACACGUGGUGUACAUGGAGAGAUUUUCAAUUUUGCCAAAUUUCUUUGAGGUUAAGAUCACGGAAUCGUUUUUGUACCAGUGACCCCCCCCCCCCAGUGACCCCCCCAGCCCCCCCCUUGCAACCUCUUCCCCCCACCCCCCCCAUGAGCCCUGAAGUGGGGCUGUGCAUCACCCACCCACCUCUGCAGAGAUGGAGUGCUGAGUUGUAUUGCGACUCUGCGUCGUGGUGUUGUUCAGCCCCGAGCAGAACUCCACCGCCAACCCUCCCACAACCCACACCUUGAAGGAAUUUAGUUUUUGUAAACAAUUUGUUGUUUUUGCACGGCGUCGUCGAGUGAGACGGGACGGAGAGCCUUGUCAUAAGUUACAGCUGUGAAAAUGUUCAAUAAAGUUGCUUUAUGUUAAAUAAA